UCCGAGUUUUUGGGUCGAUCUCGAGCUCGAGACCUCGAGUCAGCCAAAAGUCGACUCGGCUCGAUUAUACUCGUGGCUUUCUUCCUCCGCCAGUCGUACGAUAUUUCGGUCUCAUAAUUGCUCGAAAUCCCCAACCGCCAUUAAAACACUUCUCUUGCUCUCUUCUGAACGAUACACAAAGAACGAACGUCACCGCUUUUGUGCUAAGACUAGACCAAACGAAAAAGCCUCCACAGUGCUGCAUGAAAUUCGAUUAUAUUUCAGAAUUUCUUUGAAUUUCAGGCUUUUCAGCUUUCUUAUUCAAAAUCCACAUUGAAUUUUUGGUUUCCAUUACUUGGGCCUUCAUCUAAUAUCAAUUCUGAGAAAAACUUAGUUUUCGUUUUUCAUCGAUGGAUCACUACACGGUACUGGGACUGAGUCGGGACGCAAGCAAAGAAGAAAUUAAGGAAGCUUUCAGGAAAUUGGCUCUCAAAUUCCACCCGGACAAACAUUUGCAGUCACCGAAGGUUGUCAGGGACGGAGCGACUCUCAAAUUCAAGCAGGUUUCAGAGGCUUACGAGGUUCUGAUAGACGACCGCAAGCGUUCAGACUAUAAUCGGAGGUUUGGGUAUUCUAAUGCCAGAGGUGGAUUCGCAGGUGGUUAUGGGUACGGUUAUCAUAGUGGGAAUACAUACAGACCUAGAUACAGAACUCCGUCUGCUGCAAAUGGGGUUAAAGGGGUCUUCAAUUUUGAUGCCAUAGCUCUAUUUCUAACACAACGUGGUUUUCUUCUCAACCUUGCCUUUGCGAGUGUUUUGUUAGGUGGGGCAGUUGUAAUCGAAAGAAGUGGGGCGGCUCUUUGGAAAAUGCACAACUCUGGGAAAUCAUUUGAAGAAGCCAUGGAGUCCAUUGAAAAAAUGAGGCAGAAAGAUACUAGCUGAGGAGGUUAGCUGCCUUUCUUGUGUUUCUUCAAAAUUUCCUUUAGUUUCCCAUCCAUGAAGUUCACUUAAAAUUAUCUAGCAAGGACUUUCCUCUGUAAAAUAAUGUGUAUAUUUAAGUUGAUAUGAUGGUAAAUAUAGGCCGUAACUAUGUGCCUUUUGUUUCAUUUUACUAAAGAACUGCCACAUAUAGGCUGUUCUAAGCAUGGUCAAAGAAUAAGAAAUGUUUGAAGGUGAGAAGGAGAUGCCUUUUCCGAUA